AUGGAUCAAUUAUCUACAACUCCGCAAAUACUAGUGUACUGGAAAAAAUUAGAUGUCAUCCACAAUAACACAUUAAGAAUAGCAACUGGUGCCUUUCAAACUAGCCCAAUUAAUGACAUCCUCAGUAUCGCGGGAAAUGAUACAGUGGAUAAACUAGCCAAAGAAGCAGCGAACUCUUCAGUUUCUGAUCAUUAUACAAAUCACCCGUCUCCUGAAGUAUCCUUCCUCAAUGCUAAACAGAAAUUAGAAAAGAACAGGGACAACACAUGGAUUAUGCAAUCUAAACCCAGACUGACAACAAUAGAAAGUUCAAAAGAAAUGUUAUUAUACUGUCAUUAUUAUAAUUGCUGUUAUUUCCUAUUUUUACAGAAAGUAGUUGUCAUACUAGCAAUAGGAGUAUUCGUGACGUGCAAGGGAGCUGCAGUUCCUGUUCCAGCAUUUCCACCUGUUGCCAAGCUUGCACCUCUAAAUUCAAGACUUAACUACGAUCCUCAUCCACAAUAUACUUAUGCUUACGAUGUACAAGAUAGUUUAACAGGAGACUCAAAAACUCAGCACGAAAGCAGAAAUGGCGACAUCGUCAGCGGAAGUUACAGUUUUAUUGAAGCUGAUGGAACCAGAAGAAUCGUUGAAUACACGGCUGAUCCUGUCAAUGGAUUCAACGCAGUUGUACACAGAGAGCCAGUAGCUGUGAUUAAACCAGCCCUUAAGGUCGCUCCAGUAGCUUUUCCUUAAGACAAGUUGCUAAUUUUAUUUAUUCUUGCUCUUAUGAUGUGUAAACUUCGUUAUCUUUGUUACAUUAGUUUUAAUUAAUUUUUUUGGUUCGACUCAGAUGCAUAACUGGUUGCGAAGUUUAAUUAUAAACAUCCUACCUUUUGAAUGUAAAUAA